UGUACCACCGGCUACAACGCUCGCGCGCCCCUGCAUUACCUGGGGCCAGUGCUCUCCAACCUCAGCCAGCGCCCCGCUGUGAGAGCCUUCCUGCUGGACCCGGACAGGUGCGUGGUUCAGCGGCUGCUGCCCCUUGUCCAAUACCCCGACUCCCCGGUGCGCAGGGCCGGGGUUGUGGGGACGCUGCGAAACUGCUGCUUCGAGCACCGACACCACGAGUGGUUGCUGGGGCCUGAGGUGGACAUUCUACCCUUCUUGCUACUGCCCCUGGCUGGGCCUGAGGACUUCUCUGAGGAGGAGAUGGAGCGGCUGCCCAUGGACCUGCAGUACCUGCCGCCAGAUAAGCAGCGGGAGUCUGAUGCCAACAUUCGCAAGAUGCUCAUUGAGGCCAUCAUGCUGCUGACAGCCACAGCACCUGGUCGGCAGCAGGUGAGGGACCAGGGAGCCUAUCUAAUUUUGCGUGAGCUGCACAGCUGGGAGCCUGAGUCUGAUGUGCGGGUAACUUGUGAGAAACUCAUCCAGGUACUUAUUGGGGAUGAGCCAGAGCAUGGCAUGGAAAACCUGCUGGAAGUGCAGGUGCCUGAGGAUGUGGAGCAGCAGCUGCAGCAGGUAGACAGCCAGGAGCAGGAGCAAUGCCAGCGGGAGCAGCAGGAGCAGGAGCUUUCUCCAGAGCCACAAGCAGAGGGGGCUGCACCCACCUGAGGCCCCUGCAGCUCACCACCAGCUCCACGCCCACCUUUACUAGCCCAUCAGUCCUGGCCUCUGGCCUCCCAGACCAGGCCUUCCUGCAGCUGCCUGCAGGCCUCUGGGUCACCUUGCUCAGAGACUGUGCCCUACUGUGAAGCAGAACUACACUUAAGGUCCGAGUUCAUGCUGAGGACUCUAGGUUAAUGCCCCGUAAACAUUGGAUUGAGGGCAGCUCUCUGUGCCGUUGCUUCCAGCAAAAAUGCAGCUUGUUCAAAGGAGCACUGUUCAGCUAGAGCUGGCCAGGUCCUGUGGCCCUUGGGUACCUCCAGGGGGGAACGGCCCAUAGAGGCCCUGGUGUGGUGGUGGGGCUGGACAGAAAAACAUCGCAAGCCUGAUAGGCCAGCUGGAGCUUUCCAGUUCUAGGGGUCUAGGCCUAGGCAGGCACCCAGAUGCAAGCAGUGCCCCUUCCUGCCAGUCCCACCCCAAGUCCCUCCAUCUGGGCCCUCAGCUGACCCCUCAGUCUCAAUGGGCUGACCUCUUGAGACCUUCACCAGCUACAUCCUGUCCAUGGGGUCUCUUAGAGCUGCACCCCCCUAGCCUGUCCUUGAAGCACUAACUGGGUGCUGCCUCCCCUUUACCCUCUCCACUUUCCCACUUAACCCAUGUCCUGGUUCUCCUUGCAUCUCCUUUCCAGCACAGAACCUCCUCCCCAGUGCCAUGUGUGGUUCCCCUAAUUCUGCAACCUCCAAGUAGUUAUCAGUGUGGCCCUCACCCCUUUAUAUUCCCUUCCUGGGCCUCCCACCAAACCUAGUGCUAUCUUUUGCACAGGACCCAAGUAUGUGCUGCAGUGCAGCUUGGCUUCCCAGGAGUUCCCAGCACCCCCACCUCUUAUGUCCUCUGUCUUGGUGCUAUUUCCAAAGCUAGAGGUCUGCGCCACUUGUGCUGUCCCAUGGAGGCUCAUUGCUUCAUGGGUGUCUGGUAUCUCCCUCUGAGAUCCUUUCUACUCCCCUUCCCCCAAUUAAAGCUCUGGCAUGGAGA